AUGGCUAAAAAAUUUACAUCUAUGAAUAAAAUUCAUGCUCUCUUGUUUUUUGUUUUGGCAACGGUUCAAGUAAAGGGGUUUGGACUACACAAAUUUAUUCCAGGCUCUCUGUUAGAAAAUCCUAUUGACCCUGAGGUGAGAUGUGGUCCUUGGGGGUAUUGGACUCCUUGUAACCACAACAAUAAUAAGAGCAGGGUACGGGCUUGUAGGUACAGGCGGGGAGAAGCACCUCAUUAUCCGAACAGAGGUGAUUUGAGUGAAUCAGAAUGGCAAAUCUAUGAGCAGUAUUUUAGGAUUUUUGGUCAAAAGGAUACUGAGGAAUAUGUUCAUAUGCCUGAUAUACAAAGUGUCUCCUGCCAGUAUGGUGAGAAUGUCACUCCUUCUCAAGGCGGCGGUAACAAUUCUGGUGAAAUUCCAAGGCUAAAAAUAGAUUUCACAACCUUUGAUCAGGAUCAGUCUGAAUCACAGAAAAACUUUCACAAUGGUCGCCACGACUCGUCAGACAAUUUCAAAAUUGAACACGAAGUUCAGGAAAUUGACCGUAUAAAAGAAGUUGAUAGUCACAAAUCACCCAAUAAAUCUGUUAGAUUACCCGAUGAUCCCCCUGUUGAUAGCGCCGACGUUAACUUAUCCCCAAACAAACAGGAAACUGAGAAACAGAGGGAUCUAAAGAGACAAGGAAAAGGUAGAAAAAAGGAAGGCAAGGGGAGAAAACGUGAAGGGAAAGGACGUAAAAGGGAAGGAAAGGUAAGAAAGAGAAGAAGUAAGGACAGAAAAAAUGAAGAAGGGGGAAUAUCAGCAGAAGAAAGGGAACAAAGGAGGCAAAGGAGAGAAGAAAGAGAACGAAAGAAGCAAGAAAGGCUUCGUAAACAAGAAGAAGAGAGACUGGAACAGGAACGCCUAGAAAAAGAACGUUUAGCUGAACAGGAACGUUUAGAUAUAGAGGAAAAAAUACGUUUUGCUCAAGAGGUUCAAAAACGUUUAGCUAGAGAAGAAACCGAACGCCUAAAAAAGGAACGUUUAGAACAAGAAAGACUUGAGAAGGAACGGCUUGAAAAAGAAAGACUACGCAAACUAGAGGAAGAACGUUUAGAAAAAGAGCGUCUAGAACAAGAACGACUAGAACAAGCAGGUAUUGAAGAGGAACAAAAACGUCUAGAGCAGGAACGCCUAGCUAUAGAAGAACAAGAAAAACUGGAAAAGGAGAGGAUCCGCAAAGAAGAAGAGAGACUGGAACAGGAACGCCUAGAAAAAGAACGUUUAGCUGAACAGGAACGUUUAGAUAUAGAGGAAAAAAUACGUUUUGCUCAAGAGGUUCAAAAACGUUUAGCUAGAGAAGAAACCGAACGCCUAAAAAAGGAACGUUUAGAACAAGAAAGACUUGAGAAGGAAAGGCUAGAAAAAGAGAGAUUAGAACAACAACGUCAAGAACAGGAGAGAUUACGUAAAUUGGAAGAACGACUAGAGCAGGAACGCCUAGCUAUAGAAGAACAAGAAAGACUGGAAAAGGAGCGUAUUGAACAGGAGAGGAUCCGCAAACUUGAGGAGCAGCGUUUAGAAAAAGAACGUUUAGCUGAAAAGGAACGUUUAGAUAUAGAGGAAAAAAUACGUUUUGCUCAAGAGGUUCAAAAACGUUUAGCUAGAGAAGAAACCGAACGCCUAAAAAAGGAACGUUUAGAACAAGAAAGACUUGAGAAGGAAAGGCUAGAAAAAGAGAGAUUAGAACAACAACGUCAAGAACAGGAGAGAUUACGUAAAUUGGAAGAACGACUGGAAAAGGAGAGGAUCCACGAAGAACAAGAAAGACUGGAAAAGGAGCGUAUUGAACAGGAGAGGAUCCGCAAACUUGAGGAGCAGCGUUUAGAAAAAGAACGUUUAGCUGAAAAGGAACGUUUAGAUAUAGAGGAAAAAAUACGUUUUGCUCAAGAGGUUCAAAAACGUUUAGCUAGAGAAGAAACCGAACGCCUAAAAAAGGAACGUUUAGAACAAGAAAGACUUGAGAAGGAAAGGCUAGAAAAAGAGAGAUUAGAACAACAACGUCAAGAACAGGAGAGAUUACGUAAAUUGGAAGAACGACUGGAAAAGGAGAGGAUCCACGAAGAACAAGAAAGACUGGAAAAGGAGCGUAUUGAACAGGAGAGGAUCCGCAAACUUGAGGAGCAGCGUUUAGAAAAAGAACGUUUAGCUGAAAAGGAACGUUUAGAUAUAGAGGAAAAAAUACGUUUUGCUCAAGAGGUUCAAAAACGUUUAGCUAGAGAAGAAACCGAACGCCUAAAAAAGGAACGUUUAGAACAAGAAAGACUUGAGAAGGAACGGCUUGAAAAAGAAAGACUACGUAAACAGGAGGAAGAACGUUUAGAAAAGGAGAGAUUAUCUGGCAUAAAUGUUGGAAAUAAAAGAUCGGGUGAUUAUGACAUUCCAGCGUUUGUGCCGUCAAUAAGUGCUGACGAAUUUUCAGUUGAUGGUGAAGAAGAGGAUGAUGAUUAUGAAGAUGAGUUACCUCUGAUUCCAGCAUCUAUUGACAGAAUAAAGUCUGGGAUUUCUCAAAGUGAUGUGGAAAUUAAGCCACCCUUCAGUGGUCAUAAUUUUCCCGAAGGAGGUUUGUCCCCAAUUAACCCAAGUGAGUCUUCCACUGAAUUUGAAAUUCCAGCUGAACAUUCGGUUUCAGUUUCAGACUACCAAAAAUCAAUGAACAAGUCUGAUUUCCCAGAUUCAAAACUUAAUUUACCAGAUUCAAGGUCAGAUUUAAAGGUGCCUGAUUCACCAACGCAUCCAACAACUGGUAAUAAUGUGGGUGAAAAUGAUGUUAAGGAUAUGAAAAGUGAGGAGUUGUCAGGCAGUUUUAAAGAGCCAGAGAGUAAACAUAUUAAAUCAACUACCAGACUUUCAGAGGUGUCCAAGGUUUCUAAUGUUUUACCAAUUGAAAAGCAUGAGCCAGAGUCUGAAGAUAAAAUAUCUAAUGACACUAUGAAGGAAGUAGGGACAGGGGUUGAUUUAGGCUCUAAAUCACACAGUGAUACUGAUGAACACAAAUUACCUGAGGAGGAAGAAACAGCCACUAAUGAUACGGAUGAACACAAAUUACCUGAGGAGGAAGAAACAGCCACUAAUGAUACUGAGGAUGAAGGAAGUGAGAAGAGAAUAGGUGAAUUGGAGAGUAAAGAAUCCUCGAGUCAGAUUUAUCCUCAUGAAGUUGCAACUCAUACCCCUGAACCUAAAUCAAUCAAACAAGAGCAUUUUGAAGAUGAAGAGUCCAUUGAUGAUGAAUCAGAUGUAUCAAGUGAACAUGAUGAUGAAGAAACUAAUUAUAAUAACCCAAAACCAGAAAGGGAGCCUGAGCCUGAACCAAAUCCAGAACUAGAGCGAGAAGAAGAGUUUGAUAAUAUGAAAAAGGAUGAGGAGAGUGAAGGGAAAUUUUCUAGAGGUGCAAAAAUUGCAGGAGGUGUUAUUGGAGCCUUAAUAGCAAUUGGAGCAGCUGGUACCGGUUACCACUUCAAAACUAAAGGAAGGGUAGAAGGAGGAGAAAUUGAUGAAAUUGAUUUUGACUAUACCGAAGCGGGUGAUUCUGAUGAGGUGGAGACGGCAGUUUUGAUUACGGAAGACGUUUGGGAGAAUGAGGUUUAG